AAGGCCAAAGGUUUCAUUUUUCUUCGUUUCAGAGAAGAUUCAAAGCAAACUAUAGCAGCAGAAACUGAGAAAAAAGAAAAGUCAAGUCUUAGGGGAAUUAAUAAAAAAAAAAAAAAGGUUAAUAACUAAGAAGAUUAUUGGAUAGUGAAUGAAGGGUGGCGAUCAGCAGUUGAGUUUACCGGCGGGAUUCAGAUUCCAUCCGACGGACGAGGAGCUUGUGGUGCAUUAUCUCUGCCGUAGGUGUGCGGGACACCAGAUUGCACCCCCUAUUAUCGCUGAAAUUGAUCUCUACAAAUUUGAUCCAUGGCAACUUCCUGGUAUGUCACUGUACGGUGAAAAAGAGUGGUAUUUUUUUUCUCCAAGAGACCGGAAAUACCCGAACGGUUCACGGCCGAACCGGGCCGCUGGAGCCGGCUACUGGAAAGCCACCGGAGCCGAUAAGCCGGUGGGAAAGCCGAAGACUCUGGGAAUAAAGAAAGCACUAGUGUUUUAUGCAGGAAAAGCUCCUAAAGGAAUCAAAACAAACUGGAUUAUGCACGAAUACCGUUUGGCUAAUGUGGAUAGAUCCGCCGGCAAAACAAACAAUUUGAGGCUUGAUGAUUGGGUGCUGUGCCGAAUAUACAACAAGAAAGGAACCCUCGAAAAGCAUUAUAAUGUGGUUGAUCAAGAGGCGGUUCAAUUUUCAGACAACGAAGAACAAAAGCCGAAUGUGAAUACCAAUGUGUUCCCGCGCAAUAACAAUCCGAUGAAUAACGAGUACGUGAAUUUCGACACGUCGGACUCCACACCUAAGUUGAAUAAUACCUACUCGAGUACCACAAGUUCUCACGAGCACGUCUUAUCGCCCGAUUUUAAGGAAGUCCAAAGUGAACCGAAGUGGAGCGAGUUCGAAAGUAAUACUCCGUUUGGUUUUCAGACGAAUUAUUACAUGGACGACGUGUUUCAAGAAGACCCUUUUGCCUAUCAGACGAUGCAGUAUAAUAACGAGCAGCUCUCGUUAUUGCAAGAGGUGUUUGGUUAUAAUUAAUAUGUCGAGUUAUAGUAAUUUUGAUCAUCAAUAGUAUAGUAUAGUAUAAAAAGAAUAGAUAGC